AUGAACGAAAAGGCAUCGUUUCUUUGGAACUUUGUUCUCCCCAAAGGACCCUUGCUCAUCGGCACGACCCUCAGUCACUACACCUACGGCCCCGCCAAACCCUCAUGGACCUACAAGUUCAGCCUCAUCAUGGCCAUCGCUCAGUCCCUCGGCGGCCACCUGGACGAACGACCACUGAAGCAGUUCCAGGCCAUGUCUCGACUCAACGACAAACUCAGCCCUGUCCACCCUGGCGCCAACGCCUCCGACGCCGUGGUACCCAACAAUUAUAGGGACAAAGCAGCCGUCUACGUGGACCAGCUGUUGACCAAAGAGGGGAUUGACUCGGCUACGCUCGGUUGGGACUGGAAGAACGAUCCGAGAGCCGAGAAGCCGCUCAGGGCCGAGUGGACAGAGACCAAGGUUAAGGAUGCGUCUUAUUCCGAGGGACGGACGGUUCUUUAUCUCCAUGGUGGUGGAUACUUUUUGUGCUCUAUCAAGACCCAUCGAUGGGCGAGCUGGAACAUGGCCCGACUUGGUGGCGCCAAAGUCUUUUCUCUGGACUACAGACUGGCACCAGAGUCCCCCUUCCCCGCUGCCGUUCACGACGCCCUUGCAGCAUACCUCUACCUGAUCGAGCCACCAGUAGACGCGGGAUUUGCACCCAUCAACCCCAAGAAUAUUGUCAUCAUGGGUGACAGCGCCGGAGGAGGAUUGACCUUUGCUACCAUGCUCGCUAUCAGGGAUGCAGGACUUCCUACACCGGGCGGUAUCAUUGGAUGGAGCCCAUGGAUUGAUCUUCUUCUCUCGAUGCCAUCGGUGCUAGAAAACACGGCAACGGACUAUCUCCCAGCGGAGGGCUUUACCCAUGGAGGAGGCGCGUCUCUCAAGAAUAUGGCCAAAAUAGCUCUCGCAUCAGCAGGCGAUGAUCAGGAAGCGCUUCUUGAGAAGCUGCCACCCGUUCAGCACUACACCAACAACAAGUUACUCGGCUGCAAAUACGUCAGUCCCGUUCUGGAGACCAAUCUCGAAGGGUGCUGCCCUAUCAUGCUGAUCGCGGGAGAUGCAGAGAUGCUCCGUGACGAAUCCAUCGUUUUCUCCAAAAAGCACGCUGAAGCGCCCACAAACGUCCUCCUCCGCAUCUACGACGACAUGCCACACGUCUUCCAGAUAUUUGGAUUCCUACCCAGCGCCAAACACGCGCUCAAGGAAUCGGGCGACUUUAUUCGCAGCGUCACGGUCGGCGGAUCCGGUGUGGCCGAUAAGAGCUUUGAGCGAAUUAGUGUUACGGGUGAGAGACGACCUUUGGAGGUGGAUGCUGUUCCGGAGUGGAAGGAUCGGAUUGGACGGAUUGGAGGAGGACCCAAGUUCUUGGCCAAGCUGUAA